AUGCAAACCAAGACACUUGCUAUCUUUGCUUUGUCAGCUUCCGCUGUCAUCGCUUCUCCCUUCCACAAGCGAAUGCCCGAGUAUCAGCACCGUAAAUUUCACGGUACUGGUUCACGGACUCGAAGUGUUCGACCAACAGGCACUGGUAGCCCUUUUCCAGUUGGCAAUGACACCGAUGGUUUCUUUGGUCCAACAGGGACUGGUGUUUUCACGCUACCAAUGGAGUCGGGUAGCAGUGUACCAACAACGUUCGGUAAUGUCGUUUCCGACAUUGACGCCUCAAGCACAUUGUCCUGCAGCACUGUAAGCGUUGUGACGUCGACCUCUACUAACCUCAUCACUGUCACUGCUACUCCAGAUGCCGAGACCAAGGCUGUUUCCUUGACAGUAAGCUCAGUCAGUGCAGGACAGUUCUACGGUGGCCAAGGAUCUCGGAGCAACAACGGUGGUAACUGGGGUCAGAGCACAUCUGCUGCUGGUGUCUCAGCUCCUGCCUCAUCAGCGCCAGCCAAACCAUCAACAACCUUCGCCACUGUACCAAGUGCUUCUGUUCCAGCCGGCUCCGCCAGUGUCUCUGCUUCAGUCUCUGCUUCCAAGUCCGCUACAACUUCUGCCGCUGCUUCAGCCUCAGCAGUUGCUCCAUCAAGUGGUUCAUCUGGUGGCAAGCGAGGCAUGUCCUUCAACGAUGCUAAGCUGCUUGCUGCUUUCGGCAGUUCCAUCUCCUGGUCUUACAACUGGGGAGCAUCAGAGUCGGGUAACCUCAACGGCGUAGAAUUUGUGCCCAUGAUGUGGGGUCUGAACGAUGUUUCAAGCUUUGCAUCCAAGGUCGGCAGCGCUACACAUGUGCUGAGUUUCAACGAGCCAGACCUCGGUGAACAGGCCAACAUUGAUCCUGCAAAUGCCGCGAAGCAGCACAUUGCAGGCAUGAAGUCGCUAGUUGGCAAGGUCAGGAUCGGCUCUCCAGCUGUCACCAAUGGCGCUGGCACAAGCCCGUUGAUGGGUAUUGACUGGCUCAACCAGUGGUUCAAGGAAUGUGCCGGACAGUGCCCAGUUGACUUCGUCGCCUUCCACUGGUAUGCCACUGCUGACUCAAUUGACUACUUCAAGAAGCACGUCGCCGAUGUCAUCGCUGCUGCACAAGCAAACGGCGUCAACAAAGUCUGGCUGACUGAGUUUGCACCAGCUGGAAGCGCCGCUGAUCAGGCCAGCUUCAUGAAAGAAGCUGUUGCUUUCCUUGAGUCAACCCCAGCUGUCGAACGUUACGCUGGAUUCAUGGCCUCUAGCAACACCCUACUUUCAGGCACCAGCUUGAACUCUGUCGGAGCAGCAUAUGCUGGUAUGUAA